AUGGCCCAGUUUACCCCUGAACAAAGCCUUUAUAUUAGCACCAUAGAGGUGCUAAGCAAGGCAAACAGCGCGGAUCCUUCUGGUCUUGAUCCAUAUGUUCGUGAUGAAUCACCAGUGUCGCCGCUUGGGGAACCGUUCGCUUGGCCCUCCACGUCGACAGGCCCGGAUGACACGCCGAACGAAAACAAAAAUCGUGGGAGCCCAUCGGAUUCGAAUCGAAGAAACUCAUUUAUCUGUCGCAACUGUGGUUUCUACAACGGCAGAUCCAACAGAUCGAGCCCUAUUUCUUCCCCACCACCGAGCCCGCCUCCCCCUCCGCCGCCGCCCAAGUCACCGCCUCGACAGCUACGAUACUCGUACCUACAUCAACAGCUGCCACAACAAUACCAAGUGCAAGAAGGUCCCAGUCCACAGCAGUUACCGCCAGAGCCGCAACCACAGACGCAGCCACAAAGGCAGUCAAGGUUUUACGCGAACCUGGCUCCCCGCACAGAACCGGCGCGGCAUUCCACAUACAUCCCCACCUACUCGGGAAGCACAUCGUAUCCCAACAUAAACGGCGAUGACCUGGCUUUGUUUUCGCAGUCAAUGCUACACCUGUUUCCUGGUGCGCAAAGCACUUCUGGGCGACCUGCCACAACGUCAUUUGAAACGUGCAAUCAGAGCCUUUGCAGCCCGCGAAAAUUGGUAAAACGUCGAAAGAAUGAGCGAGAUGGGGUUCCUCCUCAAGAAAAAAGGCAUUCGACUAGCUUUUUGGGUAGCUUCGCAAAAAUUUUCGGGACGCGGAGAAACACAGAGAACGGCAAGGAAGGUUGAUCAUUGGUCGAAGGCGAACAUAGUCACAGUAUCUAGAGAGAAGACUCUCAUUUCUCAGAAGGAUUGAGUUUGGGUGGUGGUGUCAAUUCUUUCUAAUGUCGCUUGCGUGUCCCGGAGUGAGCAAUUUUUCCAUACUUUCCUUCCUUGAAGCCACUUUGCUGUUCUGUUUCCCAAUGGAUUAUACAGGUUGCUAUUUUAGUUGUUGCAGGUGAAUCACCCAGUUACAACAUACAUGCCAU